AUGCAAGAUGACGCCUGUCCAAAUUACUGCAAGUCGGUUGGCGAUGCUGUCGUGCCCUGCUCAGACGGCACGUGGUGUUGCAGUGUCGCAGGCAUUGACGGCAUUGGUGAUACCUCGUGCUGCACCAAUGCCGACCAAACCUUCCGUUUGGACUGGGGAGCCCUUUUCCUGCCGGCUCGAAACACGGACGACGACGACGACGCCGCAGAUGACGCCGCCUACGGAUCUCGUCUCACCAACAACCGAUUAGCCCCUCGUGCCACAACAACAGUCUCGACUGCGGCCACCUCCUCCACCUCGUCCAUCUCAACCAACGGCGUCCUACUCGCCACCCAAGCCGACGAUGACGACACAGACACGAACUCGAAGAAGUGCCCGCCCGACCGCAGCGCCAUCGUCGGCCUCUCGGCGGGCGUGCCGCUAGGCGCCUGCCUGCUAGCUGCGCUGGCCGCCAUCUUCGUGCUGCUCGGCCGCGACCGCAAGGCCCGCGACCGCAUCCGCGCCCUGACCGAGUCUGCCCGCGAGGAGCGGGAGCGCGUCGCCCGCGAGCACAUUGUCCCACGCGUGUACGCCGCAUCCUACCACGCUCCGACGUCGCUCGGCACCCCCAGCGUGUCAAGGUUCGGCCACAACCACAGCGGGAGCGUGGUGGGCAGCAGUCCGAUCUUGACCGGGCCGUCGCCCCAGACCCCGGAGGGUCGGCAGGAUGGGUUCGAGGGCUUCGACGGGUACGUGGACGAGGGAGGCUUGGUCCCCGGGGGCGAGGGUGGCCACCACGGUGGCGCGAGGCAUGUCAGUUGGGCGACUAGCGCGGGUGGUGGGAGCAGAGUGGCUGGGACGCACGAAAGCUGGACGACCGGUGGGGGAAGCAGCUCAUGGGCAUACGAGUAUGACAACGAGCCGCACGGAUCAAGGAAGGAGAGGUUUGAGAUGACCCCUUAA